AGGAGGAGGAUACUUGCUUUGAUGAGGUGGGGGAACUCUCCUCGGGUUUGAUGACAGAUGCGUUAGGUUGCUCCUUGCACAAAGCGUCACAGAGGUGCAAGAGAGAGUUGGUGGCUCAGAAGCACAACGAACGAAAACCGAGACACAAGAGAGUGCAAACAAAAAGCUUGACUGCAGAACGAGGAAAGAGAGCCAACAUGGCAUUUGCAGGGGCGCUGAGAGACGAGGACAUCCAGGCUGCGGUGCAGUCGUGCCAAGCCCCGGGCACGUUCAACCACAAAACUUUCUUUGCACAAGUGGGACUGGUCGACUCGUCGGAAGCAAACCGGAAAAGUGUGUUCGCAGUUCUGGACCAGGACAGGAGCGGAUUCAUUGAGGAGGAGGAGCUAAAAUUAUUCCUUCAGAAUUUCUCUCCCGACGCGAGGGAGCUGACAGCAACUGAAACCAAGACUCUGAUGGCUGCAGGAGACAGAGACGGCGACGGCAAGAUUGGGAUGGAAGGUUUGUGCAUGGAAAAUGUCCAAAUUCCAGCGGACCUCGGUAGAGCGCAGACUUCCGCCAAGGCCGAGCAGUCAUCCUAAUUUGGAUCAAAUUGGACACCCACUUCUUGUACAGUAUACAGUGGAUAUAAAAAAAAAAAGUCUACACACCCCUGUCCAAAAUGCUAGGUUUUUGUACUAUACCUGUGAAAUAAUCAUUCAGAUCUUUCCAAGAGGUCAAGUUGAAAAGAAAUAAACAAUGGAGAUAAUGUGGUUGCAAAAGUCUGCACGCUCACUUACAACUGGGGAUGUGGCUGUGGUCAGAAUGAACCAGUCACAUUUAAACUCGUGUAAAAUGGGAGUCAGCGCACACCUGCUCAAAAAUAAAGUGGUGGUGGUCUGGUAGGCUUUUCCUGACAUUUGCUUGCUGCUUAAAUUAAGACCGUCAUGAUCAUUUACAAGCGGUAGAAUACUGUCGAGUACAUAGUUUUUGUGCCAUUUUAGUUUGGAGGUGCGCCGUGAGAUUUUUCACGUUUAAAAUAGGUGCCUCGACUCGAUAAAGGUUGGAAAACACUGCUAUAGCCGAUCAAGGCAUUCAGACAGACCAUUCCCCAACCACCCGAAAAAAAAUAGUAAAUCUGAAGAGGGGGCUAGAAGGAGCUAUCCACUAUCUAGUGCUGAAAUCACACUCGAUAAAAAGUCGUAUGCACUCAAGCUGUGUGCCCAUGUAUUUUGCGUGUAAACGCCUCCUCUUUUGUUCUUUUCUCUGCAGAGUUCUGCGAUCUCCUGAAAUAAAGAGAAUAGCUUGAAUGGCCAUGACUGUCUUUCCCUGUGUUAAAUAAUAGCAGGAUGGAUAUUCCUAACUUACCAGAUCGUUUCAUGCAGAGACCAGAAACCUCAGAUAUUCAAAACCUGCUUGCCUACCUGCUUGCUCUCCUUGUUGGUCUGAUAUCAAAUGUCCGCUGCGGAAGACAUGAAUUCCGGAAGCCAUGUGUGUUAAAUCGUUUUACCUGGAACUGAUCAAUAAAUGUAUUGAUGUUUGGAUCCCAAUGCCCCCUUGUUUUUAAUGACGGGAAAAUAAGGGAAAUGAAUUAACUAGAGGCAAACCAAAAGCGAUUGAGAUUAAGCAUUUUUUGGGUGGUGGCCACUGUGACCCAAGUUGUGGUGACCCUGUCAGAACCCGUACUUGCCCCGUACAUUUUUUACUGUAUUAUUUAAGCUCCCUUAAGAAAUGAUUAGGACAAUUGCCUUCACGGCUGUGGCAUUAAUGUUAAUUUUCCUUAUUAAUGUAUACACAGCAUCCCAUAUUGACAGAGAAAAAAAAACAGAAUUGUUGAAAUUUUUGCACAUUUAUUAAAAAAGAAAAACUGAAAUAUCAAGUAUUCAGAAGCACCGUUUUGAGCUAAAACAGCCAUGUGUCUUUUUGGGAAUGAUGCAACAAGUUUUUCACACUUGGAUUUGGGGAUCCUCUCCAGUUCUGUCAGGUUGGGUGGCGACCGUUGGUGGGCAGCCAUUUUCAGGUCUCUCCAGAGAUGCUCAAUUGGGUUGAAGUCAGGGCUCUGGCUGGGCCAUUCAAGAACAGUCACAGAGUUGUUCUGAAGCCACUUCUUAGUUAUUUUAGCUGUGUGCUUAGGGUCAUUGUCUUGUUGGAAGAUGAACCUUUGGCCAAGUCGGAGGUCCUGAGCACUCUGGAGAAGGUUUUCGUCCAGGAUAUCCCUGUACUUGGCCCCAUUCACCGUUCGUCCUGUCCCUGCAGCUGAAAAACACCCCCAUGGCAAGAUGCUACCACCGCCAUGCUUCUUUAUAGACAGGUGUGUGGCUUUCCUAAUCAAGUCCAAUCAGUAUAAUCAAACACCAUCCAAAGAACCAUCCGGACUGUUAUGGACGCAAAGUUCAAAAGCCAGCAUCUGUGAUGGUAUGGGGCUAUGUUAGUGCCAAUGGCGUGGGUAACUUAGACAACUGUGAAGGCACCAUUAAUGCUGAAAGGUACAUAUGUGAUAGAUUAGUCAUAUAUGAUAGGUCAUAAAAGAAUUCAAAAGUCAGUAAUUCAUUAAUAGGUAAAACUCAUGGAGAUGAUUGUAGGAUUUGCGCUCUAGAGGAAGUUAAAAACGUAUUUACGUUUAAAUAUGGUGAACACUUUUGUUCUACACGUGUACAAUAUGUCAGGUUUGUGAUCUGCUAGUUUAGCCUCUUUGCGAAAAGCGAUCGGCGAUCGACUGUUUAUGCCUGCUAAAGACAGAGGCGGGAGUUCUCGGCGCGAUGUCGCAACCUCGGUAGAGCUUCCGUAGAAGAAACAUUGUUGUCUGAGUGGUCAUUUCAUCUCCCUUUAUUCAGGCUGUUACGCAUACAGGUUUCGGUGAAACAUAUGCUGCCAUCCAAGCAACGUCUUUUUCGUGGACGCCCCUGCUUAUUUCAACAAGACAAUGCCAAACCACAGUCUGCACAGCGUGGCUUCCCAACGUUUUCGGAACGUGUUGCAGCCAUGAAAUUCUAAGCUAAUGAUUAUUUGCUAAAAACAAUCAAGUUGAUCAGUUUGAACAUGAAAUAGCUUGUCUUUGUAGUGUUUUCAAUUAAAUAUAGGUCGAACAUGAUUUGCAAACCGUUGUAUUCUGCUUUCAUUUAUGUUUAACACCACGUCCCAACUUCAUUGGAAUUGGGGUGGUACUUUACAACUACUUUGACUGCAUUGAUACAUUUUAUUGAAGGUAAUAGCAUCAUAUUUUACAUUGUUGUUCAAGUGAUUUAAUCUGUUUCUGUAUUUUAUUUCCAUGUGAUUCUCUUUUGUGUGAUAUGUUAUGCAUACAAUUUGACACUGUUCAAUUAUUUGUUUUCCUGAAUUGUAUUUAUUUAUCUAAGGAAUUAGUUGUGCGUACUUCUUUCCAAUGUUGAUCAGUUGUUUUGUAAGCCCCCUCCCCUUUAUGUUGGUAGUGUGGUAGAAUUGAACUGAAAAUAUUAGAACUUUUAAUAACUUUCUCAGUUUUAUAGUGUUUUCUGUCGGUAUUAAGAGACUGGUAAAAAAUAACGAUUCAAUACAAAUAGUAAUAGAUGAUAUAAAAUAUAAUAUACAGACGUGCAGAAAGAAGAUAUAUAAUAAUCUCCUUAAUGUAAGUAAUCUUAAACUUGAUCUUGUUUUAGGUUUUUUUUAAUUGUGAUUUUAUUUAUUUUUUCUCUUCGUUGAUCUUUUUUUUAAAUGAUAAUUCUUAUGCAUGGUCUUAUGUCUAUAUGUAUGUGACUAAAUAUAAGUGCUAAAAGUGGAACUUGCGCUUGGCUUUAUUCUGAAAAAAAACCCAAAACUAAACAAAAGAAACUCGAAAAAGCUUUAUUCGAUUAUAAAUACUUAUGAAUAACACAUAUGUAUGGCAAAUAAUAGGCUGUAAACAUAGAAAUUUCAGUUGUGCUUUCCAUAAUUUUUAUAGUACUUUUUGGCUUUAUUUUAAGAAAGAAAAUAUGGAAAUAAUGUUGCAUAUCAAUUGUAAUAAAUAACAUCAAGUCGACGCGGGACGUUUUGCGCCGUACCUUCGAGGCCCAAUAGUGUCAACGAGCAUGUGGCUGCAAUAUGAAGAUCCAAGUCGUUAUCACAGGGAUAAACGCAUCCCGCGUGUUUCACUCGCAACCGAGAGCAGCCUUCCUGAUUGGUCCACGAGCAGAAACUAUAUAGCCCGCAAGGUCUCAUUACGCGGCCAUUUUUUCGAUUGCAAGUCGCUUCGAAUGACGCUCGAAUCCUGUUUGACGUCGUUCCAAGUCAGACGUGUGCAAUUUUGUCCCGUGAAGUCAGCGGGCGACUGCGUGCUGUGGCCACGUGGAAGCAUCCCU